ACACAAUCAGUUUGUUUUGAAAUUUUGCCGCGAUGCGUUCGUUCCAAAGCGCUCUCCUCAACUAAAAGUACUCGAGCAGAAUAAAUAGUUUCAUUAAUUAAAUGUGAAAUAACAAAACUUUAGGUGUCACCGAAAAAAAAAGAAAUACAGAAAUCAAUCGUAAAAUAUAGCAUACAAUAUAAGUAAAAUACUCGAAUGUACAAAAACUUAAGAAUUACAUUUGGCGUUGCAGAACGAUUGCAAUAUGCGGGCUUAGGUUGAAGUUAUUAUUGCAAAAGCAGUAAAGUUAUAUAUGCAGUUGUAGCUUAUUAAAAGUUAAAAAUGUGGAGUAAUGAGUAAAACCACUGAGUGUGUUAAUGAAAAUCAUGAAAAAAUAGUACGUGUUAAUAAUGAAAAACUAAUAUUGUUGUGCACCACAUGGAUUUAGAAACUCACAAAAAUCUGUAGAUCUAGAACAACCAAUUACUUUGCACUCAACAACAGCUACUCUUUUGAGUUGUUGUUGUCGUCGAGGGGGCCAAACAGCUUUAGAAUGAAAUGGAGAUGCAAAGCUACUCUGGUCAUGGACCAACGACAACAACUUCAGCCACAGCGGAAAGUGCAACAGCAACUGCAGCAGUCCCAGCAGCAACAUUCACACAGCGACACUUCAGUUGUCGACUGGAAGAGGCGGCCCGGCCGGAGGUCUGGCAGCCUUUUAUUGGCUGCGACAGCAACACCAGCACCAGCAGCAACAGCAACCUCAUCCUGCCCACCAGCAACAUCCUCGUCAACGGCAGCAGCAGCUCAUUCCAGUGUGCCCGGCAAGCCUUCGAUAAAGCGGAGCAGACGGCCCUCUACAGAUGCGAUGGGGAGGGCCCAUUGUCUGAAAGCUGCGCGUUGAGGCUGAGGGCGCGACUUUUGCAAGUGCCGUACGAGGCGUAUGAGCAAUUUCGACUGGCAAUCAACGGGGAACUCAGUGCAUCCAGUGAUAUACUUAGUGAUAGUUCGAGCUGCGUGGAGGGAGAGGAUGUUUUGCAAUGUGAGCUGGGGCUGACCCAGGAACUAUUUCUUUGUCAUUUGCAGCCGCAGCAGGAGCCAUUUGGGGAGCUGGAUGGCCUGGGGGAGGCGGAGCCCCUCUCGAACGGCAGCCUACUGGAGGCCUAUCCAAUCGAGCUGGGCAACGAACACGACGGACUCUGGUCCUUCCUCAACCUGAGCGAGCUAAUGGAAGCCGGCAACGACACCUCUGGCAUCGUGAAUGCCACCAGCAGUAGUUUGGACAUGAUUCUGGCCAACUACACGGCCCUUACCACAACAACAGUCGCCUCCACCGCAGCCACGUCGAGCGAUAUCGGAGUUACGAAGAGCUUUCUGGACUACAGUCCCCACGGCUACGAUUGGCUUUUCCUGUUCGUGGUCUUCUUCAUCUUUGCGGGGGGCUUGGGCAACAUCCUCGUCUGCCUGGCUGUGGCCUUGGACCGGAAGCUUCAGAACGUCACCAACUACUUCCUGUUUUCCCUGGCCAUAGCCGAUCUCUUGGUCAGUCUGUUCGUGAUGCCCAUGGGUGCCAUACCAGCUUUCUUGGGUAAGUCAACGUUAUGGCUCGAGCGAUCUUAAAUGAUAAGUGAUUAU